UCGGCUCCUCUUGGCUCGACUCAGAUCGCUUUGAACUGGACCAGGACCCGCAUCGACACUGAGACCGGGGACCGGCAGAGCAGGAGCGGGACCUGCACGACCUGCGUUCCGGUCGCGGGCUCCCGCCAUGCUCGGCCCCGUGAAGAUGGAAGGGCACGAGGCUCCGGACUGGAGCGGAUACUACAGCGAGGAGGUCUACUCUCCGAUGGCGGGCGGUGGGAUGGGUUCUGGUCUCGGGAUGGGAUCCAUGUCAGGCUACAUGUGUGGCAGCGGAACCACCUCCGGCUCCUUCAACAUGUCGUACGGCGGGACUGGCAUGAGCCCCCCCCCAGUGGGGGGGAUGGGUGGCCCGGCUCCAGUGGCCAUGUCAGGUCUGGGGGGGGGCGUGGCCUCAAUGGGCGGGACCUUGAGCCCGUCCAGUAUGACAUCGGCCCAGCAGGCUUCCAUGGGCCUGAACCCGUACGGUGCUUUAAGUCCUGCCAUGAGCCCCGGCGCGGCGUAUGGCGGCGGCGGUUUAAACAGAGGCCGUGACAACAAGGCCUUCAGGAGGAGCUACCCGCACGCCAAGCCCCCCUACUCCUACAUCUCCCUCAUCACCAUGGCGAUCCAACAGGCGCCCAGUAAGAUGCUCACACUAAGCGAGAUCUACCAGUGGAUCAUGGACCUGUUCCCAUACUACCGGCAGAACCAACAGCGCUGGCAGAACUCCAUCCGGCACUCGCUCUCCUUCAACGACUGCUUCGUCAAGGUGUCCCGCUCGCCCGACAAGCCGGGGAAGGGGUCCUACUGGACCCUGCACCCAGACUCCGGCAACAUGUUCGAGAACGGCUGCUACCUGCGGCGCCAAAAAAGGUUCAAGUGCGACAAAAGGCCUCAGAGUAAGUCCGACGGCAGGAAGGAGCCGAGCGAGGGGGCGUCGCCAUGCAAGGACAAGCCCCCAGGGCUGCUGGACCCCUCCUUGCUGCCCUCCUCCAGCCAGGCCUCCACGCCUCCCGGCCUGGACCUGCGGGGGUGUGGGCCGUUGGACUCCAAGGUGUCUGGCUCCCAACUGUUGUCCUCCCUGUCAUUGCCCCCCCAUUCCAUGGCGCACGAGUCCCAGCUGCACCUGAAGGGAGACCCCCACUACUCCUUCAACCACCCCUUCUCCAUCAAUAACUUGAUGUCAUCCUCAGAGCAGCAGCACAAACUGGACCUGAAGGCCUACGAGGCGCUGCAGUACUCCUCCUAUGGGGCGGGGGGGGGGCGGGCCGUGGAGCCGCUAGAGGCCUCUUACUACCAGGGGGUCUACCCCAGACCACUCCUCAACACCUCCUAGUCCUCUGCUCUGGACUCUCACUUCCUGCAUGCUGCCAUCCUGGACUUCCUGUCUGACUGUGAUGACACAGCUGGAACUGAAGUCCUGAACCAGGACCACAACUCAAGAGACGCCUUAAUACUGCGCCGUUCACUUAAUACUCAGCCAUUCUCGGUCUGAAUCCUCCUUUUACAACGUGAGUCACAAACGUCCUUGUGCUCCCGAUGAUACAUUUCAGAAACAUCUGGAUUCACAACUGAUCUCAUUUACUGGAUUUAAAUAUUUGUUCCAGAUAACUCAGGGGCCCUAAAACAAACACUGCUAAUAGUUUGUAUUAACUUUUACAGCGGCCCGCAGCCCACAGCCCUAACUCCCUCCUAAUUACAACCAGCAAACUUCACUUUGAUUUCAAACAUUUUAAAAUCUAAAUAAUAAAUGAAGUUCUUCCUGGUCACAGUUUUUUUAAUGAGUUGAGGCCCAGAGACAAAGAUUUAAAUAACUUCAAGGUCAAAAGAAUCUUUUUGAUUAGGAAUAUGAGAAGGGUUCAUUUCUCCCAUGACCUUGUCUGACCUGCUGAGGGGUCAUGACCCCCCCCACGCAGAUUAAAGUUCCUGGUUCAAAGGGCUGUGUGUCUGUAUCCGGGCAGAUUUCUGAUCGAACCUACGUGUAAUAACGUAUCUAUUGAUCCAUGAUUGAUGAAUGAUUCAUUCUGAGAAGGGACAAAUUAUUAUUACAAAACGGUCCUUUAAUAUAUACACAUAUAUAUCUGUAUUCAUCUAUAGACAUAUAUGUGUACAUAUGUUUGUUUGAGACUGUGUGUAAAAAGAGUCACUUCCUGUUGUAUUUAAACUUCCUGUUGUAUCUAAACUGCAGCGCAACUUCUGUCCAUCAGUGACUAAGGUUAUUAAUUGUUCUUAUUGUGUGCAUGAAGCUGGAGGUCGUCGUCUUCCACUCGCUGAUCCUCUUCCUCUUCCUCUUCCUCUUCCUUCAUUUUCAUCGUCUUAUACCUGUUCUUCCUUGUCUUCCUCUUCUUUUUCAAAAAUGUCUGAAACUGGAACAAGGAUGUAUGGAAGGAUGUUUUUGAGGAAGUAAGGAACUAAGGAUGGAAGGGCGAUUGUGAGGAAGUAAGGAAGGAAGGAUGUUUGUGAGGAAGCAAGGAACUAAGGAUACUUGUGAGGAAGCAAGGAACUAAGGAUGGAAGGGCGAUUGUGAGGAAGUAAGGAAGGAAGGAUGUUUGUGAGGAAGCAAGGAACUAAGGAUACUUGUGAGGAAGCAAGGAACUAAGGAUGGAAGGGCGAUUGUGAGGAAGUAAGGAAGGAAGGAUGUUUGUGGCCUCCAGCUUGUCCUCGUUGUGUGUUGGUUUUUGACUUUGCUGCAUGUUCUUCUUCAUGUUGUUAACUUAUUCUGUCAUUUUUAAAUAAAACAAUAA